AUGCAAAAACAGCACGAAAGCAGCUAUGGAAUCCCUGCAGAAAAAAGCGAAGGAAGUCCUGGAGUUGGAGACAAGAUGAUAGAUUCUAAACUGCCGGGAAACUUUUGGAAGCUCUCUUCAGGAGCUAAAACAAAAACUGCUAGCAGCCUUAUACCAGGUCACUUGUUGCAAAACACCAAGAGCACAGCUAUGGGAGCCCUGGAAAUGGAGAAAGGAAGUGGACUCAAAACUGCCGAGCUUCAGGUUGCUCUGUUCAGGAUGCUAAAGCAAAAACUGGUAGCAGCCUUUUACCAGUCUGAUCAGAGUGCUAAAGCGAAAACGUUAGCACCGUUAAACCAGGUAACUGUUGCAAAACAAGCGAGGAGCCAGCAGCCCACAACAGUGGUUCACAAGUCUCCACCAAAAGGAGAUGUCAAGCAAGAAGCAUCAACAAAAAUGACAAGGGAAAUUGCGGAGCCAACUGAGCUAAAACUCAUCAUUUCUCAAAUUAUGGCCAGUAGAAUGCUACGUAAAGAUUCUCCUCCAGAGCCUUCUCCUGCAGACGAACAAACUACAGAAAUACCUCCUACUAAGCGGAAUUGCUGGCAAAGGCUUCGUGAAAAGGUUUGUGGCAAAAAAAGUUCUCAGGUUCAAGUUGCGAAUGGAGAAAAUACAACAUCUUCAGGAACUGCAGCGCCUGGUCAUAAAAAACAAGAAAAGAUUAUCAAUGGACAACCAGAAAGCAGGUACAGAGUCCCUGAAGAAAAAAGCAGUGAAAGCCAUGGAGUUGGAGACAAGAAGGUAGAUUCUAAACAGCCGGAAGCUUUAGGUAGCACUAUUCAGGAUGCUAAAGCGAAAAAUGGUAGCACCCUUAUACCAAGUCACAUAUUGCAAAACAAGCAAGAAAGCAGCUACAGAGUCCCUGAAGAAAAAAGCAGUGGAAGCCAUGGAGUUGGAGACAAGAAGGUAGAUUCUAAACAGCCGGAAGCUUUAGGCAGCACUAUUCAGGAUGCUAAAGCGAAAAAUGGUAGCAGCCUCAUACCAGAUCACAUAUUGCAACACAAGCAAGAAAGUAGCUAUAGAAUCCCUGCAGAAAAAAGCAGUGGAAGCAAUGGAGUUGGUGACAGGAAGAUGGAUUCUAAACAGCCGGAAGCUUUAGGCAUCUCUGUACAAGAUGCUAAAACAAAACCUGUUAGCAGCCUUGUACCGGGUCACUUAUUGCCAAACAAGCAAGAAAUCAGCUAUGCAUCCCCUGGAGAGAAAAGCAAAGGAAGCCCUGGAGCUGGAGACCGGAAGAUGGAUUCUAAUCUGCCAGAAACUAUAGGCAGCUAUGUCCAGGAUGCUAAAGCAAAAACUGGUAGCAGCCUUGUACCAGGUCACUUGUUUCAAAACAAGCAAGAAAAUAGCUAUGCAAGCCCUGCAGAGAAAAGCAAAGAAAGUCCUGGAUCUGAAAACAGGAAGAAGGAUUCUAAACUGCCAGAAACAGGCAGCUCGGUUCAGGAUGCUAAAGCGAAAACUGGUAGCAGCCAUAUACCAGGUCACUUGUUGCAAAACAAUCAAGAAAAUGGCUAUGGAAGCCCUGGAAUUGGAAACAAGCAGGUGUACUCUGAACUGCCAGACGCUUCAGGCAGCUCUCAUCAGGAUGCUAAAUCAAAAACUGUCACCAGCCUUAAACCUGAACUGCAAAACAAGAAAGAAAACAGCUAUGGAAGACCUGGAGUUGGAGAGAAGAAAAUGGACCCUAAACUGCCAGAAGAUUUACGCAUCUCUGAUCAGAAUGCUAAGGCGAAAACUGUUAGCACCAUUAAACCAGAUCACCUGUUGCAGAACAAGCAAGGAACCAGCAGCCCUGAACAAUUGGUUCACAAUGCCCCACCAAGAGGAGAUGUCAAGCAAGAAGACAUCAAUAAAAAUGGCAAGUUUAAGGAUCCCAAGCCCCAGAAGUUAACCAUUAGUGGCUUCGAACAUUCAUCGGAAGAGCAGGGAAAAGCAAAUCUACCGGCUAGGAAUGAGAAACAAAAGGAUAUUGUUAAGCAUCCAAGCUACAAAAACGUAGAUAAUAUGACAACAAAGAGUAUCGUUGCGCCUACAUCAUCAGAGCAGCAAAAGGGUUUUUCCAACCAAGAAAAUAACUAUGAAAACCAAACAAAUACAAGAGCAAGCUCUCCAAUGCUCACACAUUUUAGCAGCCCCGGACAAGGAGCACAAUACCUGUCAAAGGAACAACAAAAGAGUUAUGUAGCCAGCUCCGGAUACCCAUCAAAAGAGCAGCAAAAAUGA